GCUUUGGUAAAUGACAUGAAUUCCUCAUUUGAAAGUUUAUACUCUACAUGCAGUAUGCAGUCAGAAACCACUCCACUCCUUCAAAAUGGUCAGCUCAACCGCAGUCAGUUGCCAGCCUCAGGAGCUGGUGCGCUGCAGCCCAUGUCUCCAAGGCAGAAGGUGCAGCGGUCUCAGCCAGUGCGCAUUAUGGCAGUCAGGCGUCUUCAAGAAGAAGAACAGCAAUUCAGAACAUCGUCUUUGCCAGCCAUCCCGAAUCCAUUCCCAGAACUUUGUAGCCCCGCAAGCUCUCCAGUGCUGGCCCCUGGAUCUUUACCUCAGAGUCAACCAGCUAGUAAGCAUGAUGUAAAAGUCUUUAGUGAAGAUGGAACAAGCAAAGUGGUGGAGAUUCUAGCAGACAUGACAGCCAGGGACCUCUGUCAGCUGCUCGUUUACAAAAGUCAUUGUGUGGAUGAUAACAGCUGGACACUAGUGGAGCAUCACCCUCACCUAGGAUUAGAGAGGUGCUUGGAAGAUCAUGAGCUCAUAGUUCAAGUUGAGUCCACAAUGGGAAGUGAAAGUAAAUUUUUGUUCAGGAAGAAUUAUGCAAAAUAUGAAUUUUUCAAAAAUCCCAUGAAUUUCUUUCCAGAGCAAAUGGUUGCCUGGUGCCAGCAAACAAAUGGCAGUAUCCCACAGUCACAACUUCUGCAGAACUUUUUAAACUCCAGUAGCUGCCCUGAAAUUCAAGGUUUCUUGCAUGUGAAAGAGCUGGGUAGGAAAUCAUGGAAGAAACUGUAUGUGUGUUUGAGGAGAUCAGGACUUUAUUGUUCUACAAAAGGAACUUCAAAGGAGCCAAGGCAUUUGCAAUUGUUGGCUGACCUAGAAGACAGCAAUAUCUUCUCGUUGAUAGCAGGCAAGAAGUUGUAUAAUGCACCUGCAGAGUAUGGAUUUUGUAUAAAGCCCAACAGAGUGAGAAAUGAAACUAAGGAACUGAGGUUGUUGUGUGCUGAAGAUGAACAAAGCAGGACAUGCUGGAUGACUGCCUUUCGACUCCUCAAGUAUGGAAUGCUACUGUAUCAGAAUUACAGAAUUCCCCAGCAGAGAAAAGCCAUGCUUCCACACUUUUCCACUCCAGUAAGAAGUGUAUCUGAAAACUCACUAGUAGCAAUGGAUUUUUCGGGGCAAAUAGGAAGAGUAAUUGAAAAUCCUGCUGAAGCACAGAGUGCUGCCUUGGAAGAAGGACAUGCCUGGAGGAAACGUAGCACAAGAAUGAACAUCUUGGGUAGCCAAAGUCCACUCCAUCCUUCCACACUGAGUACAGUUAUUCAUAGGACACAGCACUGGUUUCAUGGCAGAAUCUCUAGAGAAGAGUCUCACAGGAUUAUUAAGCAGCAAGGCCUUGUAGACGGACUAUUUCUUCUCCGGGACAGCCAAAGCAAUCCAAAGGCAUUUGUACUUACACUCUGCCAUCAUCAAAAAAUAAAGCAUUUUCAAAUCUUGCCGUGUGAAGAUGAUGGACAGGUAUUUUUCAGCCUGGAUGAUGGGAACACGAAAUUUAGUGAUCUAAUCCAGCUUGUUGAAUUCUAUCAACUAAACAAAGGAGUCUUGCCUUGCAAACUCAAACACCACUGCAUCCGAGUGGCCUUAUGA